UUGUAUAACUAAACUAUCUUGACCAAGAUUCUAACCCCAUAUCCCAAAAUGGCCUCUUUCUUUGGUUCUCCACCAUUUCUUUCUCACCCUCUGACAAGAACUAUCCAGUUUUCUUCUUCAUCUUCACAAACACCUCCUCCUCCACCCCCGAAUACUCCCCCUUCACAACCACAAUCUCCAUCACCAUCUCAGCAGCUCAGUACAACUUCAUCCGAGCAACAAACGCCAAUCUCUCUGAAAUCACAACAAAAUCCUCCUAAGCCUACCACAUCUACAACAAGCAAGGUUGAAUCUACAGAUUGGAUAGCUUCCUCACUAACCAGGCGGUUUGGGCUUGGAGCUGGCCUUGCUUGGGUUGCAUUUCUAGCAGUUGGUGUUGUCUCUGAACAAAUCAAGACCCGUUUUGAAGUAUCCCAAGAGGAAGCAAACACAAGGAAUGUAGAGAAGGAAGAAGAGGUGGUUUUGCCUAAUGGAAUAAGGUACUACGAGUUAAGAGUAGGUGGGGGAGCUUCUCCAAGGACAGGAGACUUGGUUGUGAUUGGUAUACAAGGGAAAGUACAAGGCAGUGGGGAAGUUUUUGUGGAUACUUUUGAGAAUGAAAAGAAGCCUUUGGCUUUAGUUGUUGGUUCUAGGCCAUAUAGUAAGGGAAUUUGUGAAGGCAUAGAAUAUGUGCUUAGAACCAUGAAGGCAGGGGGUAAAAGGAGAAUUAUAGUUCCUCCUAGCUUAGGGUUUGGAGAGAAAGGUGCAGAUUUAGGUUCUGGUGUGCAAAUUCCUCCUUUUGCAACACUUGAGUAUGUUUUAGAGGUUGAUAAAGUCUCAAUUGCACCUGCUUGAUGAUUUUUUUAUUAUUUAGUUUGACCAGAUUAUGAUUAAAAAAAAAAAGAAAAAAAAAAGAGAGACAUAUAUGAUGAUAUAUACCCAUUUUCCACA